CGUAUUUCAGUAGCACUUACAGGGCUGUUUGUAAUCCAAAACUCAUAGUCGUCCAGCAUGCUCUCGAAGUAGAACACUCAGUGAGAUCGCUCUCAGACAAACAGGGGAGAUGAAUUGCAGACAAGUGUGUGUUUAUGCCAGCGUCAGGUGAGUGACUCUCACGCAAACACGCACAUGCAAGCUCGAAAACCUAGACGAGUGUCUGUGGUGAGUGCACCUGCUCUUUAUGCUCUGAGUAAGAAGAAACUGACAGAACUGAACUGCCGUUUUUAUUCAUCCGGGAAUUCUGCUCAUUUCAACGUCACGUCUUCAUCCAGGUGACACAUACACACGCUCUGACACAUGGAGAGGUGUGGUAUGCUGGCCUUAAGGGCUUUGAGGAUUUGACUGCUCAGGAAAGCAACUUCGUGGUCAGACACGUGCACAACCCUUGAUUUCAGACCAAGAGUUCGUUGACUUUGGAAUAUAAGGGCCAAAUCACAGGUUUGGGGAGUGAGAGUUAGUCCCAGUGGAGUAAAGACAGCAGUGGAAGAAGAAAGAUCAGCAUUUUUUUCGAGUCUGCUGGUUCAGCUAAUUAUGUCUUGGGUUUCUUUACUUUUCUUGGAUUUUUAUUCCAGUCACAAGAAACUGGAAACAGAAGAGGCAUCAGUACAGGUUCUCGUGAUUUAGAAGGAUAUGGCUUUUCUAUAGAUACAGCAUGGAAAAAUCUAACAUUUUGGAGUACAAUUUUUAAGGAUCUGAGUGACUUUUGCUCAAGGCUCUCAAGUUUUGUGGGUCAUUAAUGUCUUUUGGAUCUUUCCUAAACUUUGGACUCUUUUCUUGUUUCUGAUAUAUUUUGAAUUCAUCCCUUUUUUAUGCUGAUAUAUUGAUGUAUCUUCUCUUUUUUGGCCCCUUUUUUGGACCCCUUUUUUCAUGAACUUAAAGUCCAGAACGUCUUCUUGAGUUCUUGUCUUAUCUGAGGCUGACUGACCAUGCAUUUGUGAGCUCGGUCCAUUUCUGACCCGGUUGACCACUCCCCUUUCCCAAUUCGGGAAGGAUGCGGAGAGAGAAGCGCAGAGAGAGAGAGAGGAAGGAGAAAACCGCCCCAGUGUCCCGCGCCCUCAGCUGGUUGAGUGGGAAGUCCAUCUCACGCCGGACACGCAAACUCUUCCAAAGUCACAAUGACCUGAGCACACUCUCCCACUCAGGACAGGAGGAGGAUGAUGAUGACUGGCUGUAUGAGCCCCAGCACUACAUAGCUGUGUCUAAUCUGGAUGAGGAGAGUAAGUGGACAGUUCACUACACUGCACCUUGGCACCAGCAGGAGAAUGUCUUCCUGCCAGCAUCCAGACCAGCAUGUGUGGAGGAGCUGCAUCGACAGGCAAAAGUCAACCUCAAAACGGCCCUCAGAGAAUGUGAUAAGUUGAGGAAGGAUGGUUUCCGCAGCUCACAGUACUACUCACAGGGCCCUACCUUCUCAGGCUCUGCCCACUCCCACAGCAGCCAGCAGGAAGAUGAGGAUGAUGAAGUUGAUGAGGUUGAUAAUAAGUCCACUGCAUCCUCUGCAGAAGAGGAGAAGAGUUCCAACCCAAUGAAGGCUCAGACUCCAGUGCAGGGAGAGGGAUCAGAGGUCGAUGGACAAGAGCUGUGCUUUAAGGCUCCACCCCUUCCCACACCUGAAGAGAAGAUGAGACAGCAAGCUCAGGCUAUUUUAACAGACAUCGUCCCCAUAAAUGUCACAGGGGAGACAUUUGACCGGCAGGCCAGCGUCCGCCGCUCCCUAAUAAACACGGACACUCUGGCCCGUCGACCCAAGAAGGUCAAACGGAGAAAGACUAUAUCAGGGCUGCCUGACAACAUCCAGCAGGAACUAGCAGCUAAAGGACGAGGAGGGGAGCUUCGACCACAGUCCAUGUUUAUCCCUGGACAGUAUUCAACACUGGGGCGCUCUGGUAGUGUGAGCUCCACACUCAGGCGCUCUGAGACAAGAGAUUCUGGCUGCCAGACUGAGGAGGUAAAAAUUGUCCCACCAUCCGUAAGGAGGAUCCGAGCUCAGAGGGGCCAAGGUAUUGCUGCUCAGAUGGCUGGCAUCUCGACAUCUGCAACCAAUAUAUCUACAGUUUCCGAUGGAUACUCCCCCGGAUCACCCACGCAUGUCAUACCUCCUCGGUUCAGUAGUGAUGCCCAGCGUUUCCACAGUUUGCCACGGGGAGCAAGAGUCUCUCUGAAUGCAGAGCCCCUGUACAGCAGCACUCCAUGCAGGCCAGACAACAGCACUCCAACAACUCCUCGCCAGAUUGGAAAACUCCAGGUUGAUGAGACUGUAGUUCACAUGAGGAAUGCCCCUAGGACAAGUACUAUAACCCGCCCAAAGUCUCAGGAGGUGAGGAGCACACAUGGGGAGUGGGGAACUGUCACUGGUCCUGCCUGCGUGGUUUCUCCUCAUGCAGCCUACUCAACGUCACUCAUCCCCAAUGCCACAUUGUCAUGUUCUGCUGAGGUCAUUGCCCUUCACACUACAUCAAGCCCAGGGCAGAAGUUGCAUUCAAGGCCUCUCAGCAUGGCCUCAACUGUCAAUGGAGAGAGCUCCACCAGUAUGGCAACAAGUACUGAUAUAGCAGAGGCAGACGUGCAGGAAACUGGCCAGUCAGACAGCAGCUUGCAUAGUCACAGUACGAUUGCUGCAGCAACAGUAUCUCCAGAUGACCAGUGGAUUUAUGACACCCCUGAGAAUGUGCUGCCCAGAAGGACGCUCACCUCCAGCUGCUCCACCCCUAUCAAUCAUCUCUAUAACAGCCUGGAGCACUCCUCAAAAGGCACAGAUUCCAGUUCCCUUUACUCCAUGGACAAUGAUGGCUACUACACUUCAAUGCACCUGGACUCAGGCCUCAGGUCAAAAAGCCAUAGCAUUGUGGGCAGGGCAGCAAGGCAUAGUAUGUAUGAGUGCAUAAGCCACCCAGAAGACCACGCCAGCUUGUAUAGCGACCGAUCACUGUCUCGCUCCAUCUCGCUUCGCAAGUCUAAGAAGCCACCUCUGCCACCAGCACGCACAGACUCAUUGCGCCGAAAGCCUAAGAGCCUCAGUGGUGCCAAAGGUACAGCAGAAACUAGCAGUGGAUCAGUUCUUAAUGAGUCUUUGAUCGCUACAUUACAGCAGUCUCUUCAGAAUGGGCUUAAAGGGAAAGGAUCCUCCUCCUCACCAUCUCAUAGCCCUUGCAGUGACUAUGAGGACCCAUGGAUGUUGCGACCUAGGAGCCAGAGUAGCAUAAGUGCCGGAAGCAGUGGGGUGUCUGCUGUUGGUGUAGCUAAUGUCUAUUCCAUCUGUCAUGUCACACCAUCACACAGCGACACUAGCAGCCUGCGCUCUGACUAUGCAGAGUCUUGGGGCUAUUAUAUGGAUUACCCUCGUCCGCACAGCGAUCAGAUACAGUCACCUCCUCGUACUAACUCGAUGUCUAGUGGAGGGCAGUCAGGUGGGAUGGGAGAUGGACAGGGUCUCCACAAUGGUACCCAGUCCACCCUUCCUCCUGCCCAGGGCGAUGUGUCAGUGAAGCCUCAGGCAAACACCUCCUCGCCGGACAGGGUGCAUCGUUUGACCUCUCCAUCAAGCGGAUAUUCAAGCCAGUCCAACACUCCAACAGCUGGUACUCCUGUUCCUUCUUUCAUGAGAUCCAUGUCACCUUCAGGCUGCAAGCCAAAACCACGUGUGCCUGAAAGGAAGUCAUCCUUGCUGUCCUCUGUGUCCAUCUCCUCUUCAUCCACAUCGCUAUCUUCUAACACUUCGGAUUCUGUUAAGAAUAACAUUCCUCCUCCACCUCUGCCGCCUUCCUCAGUGUCCCUCUCACCCCUCAGCCCCCCACUUUUCCCUCCACCUCUUCCACCCUCCAGUCCUGUGUGCUCUACAAGUCAGGACUUCUCACCUGCAACUGCUCCUGCUUUGCCCUCUACCCCACAGCAGGAAGCUUCAAUAAGCCCACCUUCCUUGAAUUCCUCUCCAGAGUUUCCACCUCCCCCUCCUCCAGAAAUGUUAAAUGACCACAGCAUGUCCCUUAAUGGUUCUUUUAGCCCUACUCUUCAUCCACCUCCCCCCCCACCACCUCCCCCGUUUCCUCCCACUGUCAGUGCUCAUGCUCCACACGCAUACUCCAUGCCCACCAUGACACCAGUGUUACCUUCAUCUGCAAGCUUAAAGGGAAUAAAAAAUGGCCUCAAGCCAGUGAACUCUGAGAGAAGAUCAGCUGCCACAAACUCUGAGGAGUCUGGCAAGCAUGCAGUGCCGCUGAUCACCCCAUUUGCCCUCCAGAGCGUGCAGCUCCGGUCAGUCAAACUGCUAGAGAACGGUAAAGCAGAUAGUUCCAAAUCUCAGGAAAUGGAGACUGGCCAGAUGGCCAGUAAGACUUGGAUUCCAGUGAAGUUUAAAAAACAGGAGCAUCCAACUGUUUUGUCUCUUGCUUCUUGUGCUGCUCCUGAAAUGAAUGGACUUUUAAGUACUUCAUCUCCAGAGAAGAAACUCCCCAUUGACAACAGCUCUGCUGAGAUACCACUAGAUAAUGCAGAAUCUGGGGAACAAAUGCACUCUGAUCAGUCUCAGUGGUCAAGUGACUCUAUAGGCCAUGCCCAAGUUUCAGGUGAUGCAGAAGUAGAUGGGCCAGAGAGGGGCCUGCCAACAUCUGCUGAGUCAUCACAAAACACUACACCUAAGAAAAAACCACCUGCGGUCUCCAAGAAGCCCAAAUUUUCACCUGUUGUCUCUCCAUCAGCACCUGAAUCUGCUGCAGAGGAAACACGGAUACUAGCCAAUGGGGAAGAUGCUUCUGAUUUCUCAGACCUUCAGAGUGAGGUGGCUAUUUGUGAUAUCGUAAAAAAUGGUCUGGAAUCCCCAUCUGUGGACGAGCUGGAGCAAGAAAAUGACCAAACCAACACAGAGAGUUCCAUAUCUCCUACUGAGGUGAGCGAAUUUGGAAGUAGCACACCUCUAACUGAUAGUCAGGCUGAGGAAACCACCCAGACUAAAGUCGUCAAGGAAGUAGAUGUUGAUGAGACGAGGGGCAUUUCAGAAGGAGAAUUAGAAGAAGACGAUGGAGAGGAUGAAGAUGGAGUGAGCAGCACUACAGGAUCUAUCAGCUCCAAAGAUGAUGAAAAUGGUGAUGUGUUUGAGUCCAGCGUGGCAGAUUCCUCACCGGCUCCCAUCAACGGUGAAGUUUUUGAGGACAUGGUGACCCCCACAAGACCCCGAACCACCGAGGACCUCUUCGCUGCCAUUCACAGCCUGGACUGGCUGAGCAUGAACGCCCCCCAGCACAUGAGGUCCAAGCGGAAGGUUCUAGGACGACGAGAGUCAGAAGAUGACCGCUCGCGAGGUAACCCCUCAUCCCCUCCAGUCACCCCCACCGGGACAUGUCCUGCACUGGGCUCCUCCCUGCCCCGGCAGAUGGGUUCCAUACAGCGCAGCCUUCGCAAGUCAGCCACCAGCAGCGACACCUUCAAAGCGCUGCUGCUGAAGAAAGGCAGCCGCUCAGAAACCAGCUUCCGCAUGUCAGCUGCAGAGAUGUUGCGCAGCACAGAUCCACGCUUCCAGAGGGCUCGCUCGCUUGACUCCUCAUUGGACCCCAUGUUGCCCACUAGUCCAGACAGUCCCUGUUCUUCUCCCAGCCGCAGCAAGAGGGCACCUGAGGACUGGGCACGUAGCGAGGGGAUGAUACCACGGUACACUUUUGGUUCUUCAUCAACAUCCCCUUCAUCUCUGGUGGGGCCAAAAUAUGGACGAUCACGCACGCCACCCUCUGCUGCCAGCAGCAAGUACAACGCCCGCAGCCGCAUCCUCAGCAGCCCCAUGACCGUCAUCUGUGAAAGGGAGGGCGAACUGGCUGAAAGUGGAGAGAGCUGGGACGAAUCAUGCCCUGAUUCUCCUGUAACACCCGCCCCCCAAGCAGUCCCUCAGGACUCUAAUGGCACUUUAUGUGAAGAGGAGAGCAGUUAAGCCAGUCGUUCCCAACCCUAGUCCUGAAGCGUUCCUGCCAUGUGUAUUUUCAUAUACUCCCUGCUCUAACAACUGCUUAUAAUCUCUUCAGUCAGAUGUGUAGGGCAGGGGCACUCUAGGACCAGGAUUGGGAAUAGCUGAGUUAAGAGUUCAAAACAGUUUCCCAAACUAGGGAAUAAAUGAACCUCUUCACAGUAGCAGAGACUGGUCCAUGGCAUAAGGAGGGAACACUGCAGACCCAGUAAUCUGUGUCCCCACUUACAUCAGGCCUGCAGACAAUGCUGGACCAAUCUGCUUGGAGGGGAGAAGAGGUCAGGCCACAAGGUGCCUCCUUCAGACUGAUCAGUGCUUUGUCUGAAGUGAAUGAAUACCAUUUUCAGUUGCCACUCUUCUUAAACAAAACAAAAAACUGUCACCCCAUUUUAACUGUUUAUGUUAUUAUUGUUGUUCAUGAGAGAUUAGCAUUCAUUUACAGUACUACACUCAUCUCCCCCAAAGCUUAGCUGUUUUACUUCUGUUUGUUUUGCUUGGGUUGUCUUCCUUUUCCAGUGCAAUGAACUUCAGGAAUAACUACAGAAAAGCAGACUAGGAAAGUGGUUUGAUAAGGAUUGAUUAUGAGCAGCAUGUGUGAGCAAGAGAUGAAGGAAUUGCUAAGUGACUCAUUUUGGCUGCAGUGGUGUACUAGUGGAUGGAUGGGGUUGGCUUUGUGGAAUGCCUAAACAGACUCUUGAGACCGCAGCUUAUUUACAUCCUUUACAAUUUUGCUGAUGCGGUUUUCACUUAAGCUGGGAAUGCCCUCUGCUUCUCAGUUUUAGAAACACAUCAAUGAACUACAGAUUUCACCAUAAACAGAGUUCUUUCUCUUUCUGUUCACCCUUAAUACUGGAAUGCUCACCGGUACUGUGAGAGUGGUGGAGAAUCCAGACAGGAGGUGAUGACUGGAACAUGGACAGAAGGACUGUUGAAGUGGCACAACUGAGAUGCUGGCUCAAUGACAAGUUUCAGAAUAUCCUUUGAGUUUUAGUGUGUUGGUUUGCACUGUAUACGUGUGUCUGUUUAUUUGUCUCUGUUUGAUCAUUUAAAAAGAAAAACAUUUUAUGCCUGUGUUUGUUGUAACUCAUUUCACAUAUGAAGAGUGAUUUUUUUUUUGUUGUUGUUACAAAAAAGAGAAAACUUACUUGAAAUGAAUAACAGACCUGUUUUCUUUGUAAUGGUUUGGGUAACCAAAGAGCUAAACAGUAAAUGUAGCCUGCUGUAGGGAUUCUGGAUUGGUGAUGGCAUUUAUUUGAGUUGUUCUGGUUUGGUGAAGACUAGCUUUUACUUAACCGAGGCUUAAUUACUAACUCCUCUUUUGUGUACCUUCUUGUGCAGUUUUGUAUUGUUUUCUAUGUACAUAAAACACAAUUUAUUAAGAAGUAACAUCUGAACUUAUUUUCAAAGAAUUUGUACAUUGUAGAAGCCCCUGUUGAAGGGGAGUGGCUCCUUUUGUAGAGUAUUUAUUUUAGAAUAGCCAGAAUGUGAUUUGAUAUAGCUGGGGGGAUUUUAGAGGGAGAUCUAUGACUCAGUUUAUUUUGGAUUAAAGGGGGAAGGCUGCAUUACAUUACGUUUCAUGAAUCAAUCAGAGUCUGGCUGAGACUUCAGGCCUGUAACAGGGAGCUUAUGAAGUCUCAUUCUCAUUCUACUGGUAGCUAUAGAACAAGAAAUCAGAAUCAUGGCUACAGGAGAGACAGAGUGAUAUAAAUGAUCUGGAUGUUGAUGAAAAGGAAGACGGCUGCUAACCCUCUUGUGUACGUCUCUGUAAUAAAACACGGUGUUAUUUAAAAAAGGUCCCAUCUGUCCUGCCUCUGUCUUUGAUUCACUGCCACCUGUCAGCCAGUUGCUCGACCACAGUCUCAUUAACAGCGUCACCAUGGCAUCCAUGACCGUUCGUCACUUAUAAAGACCUCCGGGAGAUCAUUGCUCAACUGCUCCUUCUUGUCCACCCCCAUGCUCACAUUGGUCAUCACCUACUCUAGAAGUGUCUUCAGGACCACUGAGCCUUCAGUAUUACUAAGCUUUCAGAAGUGGAACCAAUUUGGGGUGUCCAUUGAGUCUUUAUAGCACAGUAGCUGAACAUUAGUGGUUUACAGCUGAAAAAAGGCAGAUACAGCUCUAGAUAUCUUGGGCCAAAAGUGAGGACUGUCAAAUAGGAAUUGGACUCACCUCUCUUCCUAUAGGACAAAAACAAGAUUGAGCCUGCCACACGUUAUCUGCCUAUUGUUAUGACUGUUCAGUACUGUCUGGUAAUGGAUCCUUGUUUGUUAUUUUGACUCUGCAUCAGCACACAGAACAAGCAAGUUGCCCCUCUAUUCAUAGUCCUUUUCCUUUGUGCUGGGUCUGUGAACAUGAUAUUCAGGCAACUGUUACCUCGAAAAUAAACCUGAUGACACUG